ACAAAACUCUCUCUCCCAUCCUUUCUUACCUUUUCCAAAAUUCCCUUCACACCAUUACUCAGCCCUCCAUUCAACCUCACCUCUUCAUUCUUCUCAUUUUUAUUUCCUCAAAUUCUCAUCAUAUAUUCUACAUUCAUGAUGAAUUGAAAAUACCCACUCAUGAAGGGAUUAAUCUUUGGUGUUUCUUGAGAUUCGGUGGAAAUCGCUACGGUGGCCGUUCCUGAACGCAUUGCUAGGAACAAGCUUGAAUCUUCAUAGUUGUGACUUUGAACUCGCAUCCAUGGAAGCAGAUUGGUCUCAGCUUCCGAGAGAACUUCUGCAACUAAUAUCACAAAAACUCGACAACAGUGAACUCUAUCUUCUUCGCUUUCGUUCCGUCUGUUCCACUUGGUGCUCUUCCGUCCCAAACUACCGUUGCAACAACCAUUCAUUCUUGAAACAGAUUCCACAAUUCCCUAACGAAAUCAAACCACCCACAACAUCAAACCGACCCGCUCCUACUAGCAAUUACGUUCGCUGCCUCUCCAAACAAAAUAUUUUUCUCAUCAAACCACCAAACCAACAAACUCCUCUUCGCCCUUGGUUGAUUAGAAUUGGUCCUGAUUUAGACGGCAUAACCUGCCUCUGGCAUCCGUUCCACCUUUACCAAAAAUAUCCUUUACGUUUUGCACAUGAUCUCAUCGAUUUCAACCAACUCCCUGUUCUCCAUCUGGGACACAUGUUCUACAUUCACGGCCCCGACUCAGAUCAGACUACGCGUCUCCAUUAUGGAAAGGUCGUUGUUGCAACAAGUGAUGUGGGACAGCCUCUUGCUCUUCUCACAUACGACAGCUCUCUGGUACCAAAGAUCUUCCGAUGUGGGGACAAUUCUUGGACGAGUAUCCCCACCAUGUCAAGGUCCUUGUGGGGAGACAUCUGCCUAUUCAAAGGCAGGCCUUGCGUGGCAGACAAAGAUGGCCGCACUUUGAUGAUUGGACCGGAUUCCACCGUUCACUUGCUGGCCAAUCCGGUGUUUGGUGGCAAUGUUAAACACUUGGUGGAGAGUGAAUGUGAGUUGUUGCUUGUGGAUUGCCAUGGAAUUGAUACUUCUAAUGCUGAUAAGGAUAUAAGGUUUGAUGUAUUCAGGCUUGAUGAGAACGAGAAGAAGUGGGUCAAGUUGGCAAAUAUUGGAGACAUUGUUCUUUUUGUGGGGGGAGACUGUUCGUUCUCUGCUAAAGCUUCAGAUUUGCAGGUUCGAAGUGGGAAUUCUGUGGUCUACAAUAUAUCUGCUGACUUCAGCAAUCUUGAUAAAAUACAAUCUGGAAUGCGUAUUUUUCGCUUGGAUCAAGGUCGGGUCUCCAAGUUGUCUGGUUAUCACAAUUACAUCAGGUUAUUUUGGCCACCUCCAGAGUGGAUCGUCAGGCUGCAUUCACAUCCAGAGUAUUGAAGAAUUCUAAUCCAUCAUUUCAUUGGUUUGUCUUGGUCUCUGAUGACAUUCUUGUAAUCAUGAAGUAGUAUAUGGUGUUAAGGAUUUGAAAGAACUAUGAAUACUAGGUAUUGAAGAAUUCUAUAAUCCAUCAUUGGUUUGAUUUGGUCACUGAUGACAAUCUUGUAAUCAUGAAGUAGUUAGUAUAUAGUUAGUAUAUGGUGUUGUUUUUUUUUUUUUUUGGUCUAGUAGCCUAGUGGCUGGAGCUCACACAUUUAAAUAUGGAGAAGUGGAGUGUUCGGGAUUCGAACCCCAGCCCCUGCAUAAAUUAUGCAAUGUCCCUGCCAAUUGAGCUAUGCUCACGGGGACAGUAUAUGGUGUUGUUAAUUGGAAAGAACUAUGCAUUACAAUUUUAAUCCAUCUAGAAACAAUGAUUCUAAGUUUGAGGA